AUGCAGACGCCCCAGGGCUCCCGUCCGGCUGCCGGCCGGUGGGGGCCGGGCCUGAGCCGCGGCGAGGUGGACUUCGGCGGGUCCGGAAAGAAGCGGGGCAAGUUUGUGAAGGUGCCGAGCAGCGUGGCCUCCUCUGUGCUCUUCGACCUGCUGCUCACCGAGUGGCACCUGCCAGCCCCCAACCUGGUGGUGUCCCUGGUGGGCGAGGAGCGGCCGUUCGCCCUGAAGUCCUGGCUGCGGGACAUCCUGAGGAAGGGGCUGGUGAAGGCGGCUCAGAGCACAGGUGCCUGGAUCCUGACCAGUGCCCUCCGCGUCGGCCUGGCGCGGCACGUGGGGCAGGCUGUGCGCGACCACUCUCUGGCCAGCACCUCUACCAAGGUCCGAGUGGUGGCCAUCGGCAUUGCCUCCCUGGACCGCAUCCUGCACCGCCAGCUGCUGGAUGCCGUCCAGGAGGACACUCCUGUCCACUACCCCGCGGAUGAUGGCGUCAGCCACGGCCCCCUCUGCCCCCUGGACAGCAACCUUUCCCACUUCAUCCUGGUGGAGCCGGCCGCCCCCGAGACGGGGGAUGAUGGGCUGGUGGGGCUGCGGCUGCGGCUGGAGAAGCACAUCUCCCAGCAGAGGACGGGCUAUGGGGGCACCGGCAGCAUUGAGAUCCCAGUCCUUUGCCUCCUAGUCAAUGGCGACCCCAGCACCCUGGAGAGGCUGUCCAGGGCUGUGGAGCACGCUGCCCCAUGGCUGAUCCUGGCGGGCUCCGGGGGCAUCGCCGACGUGCUGGCGGCCCUGGUGAACCGACCUCACCUGCUGGUGCCCCAGCUGGUGGAGAAGCAGCUUCAGGAGAAGUUUCCCAGUGAGUGCUUCUCCUGGGAAGCCAUCCUGCACUGGACCAAGCUGCUGCAAAGCAUCGUCUCAUACCCCCACCUGCUCACCGUGUACGACUUCGAGCAGGAGGGCUCCGAGAGCCUGGACACGGUCAUCCUCAAGGCCCUGGUGAAAGCCUGCAAAAGUCACAGCCAAGAGGCCCAGGACUACCUGGAUGAGCUCAAGCUGGCCGUGGCCUGGGAUCGCGUGGACAUUGCCAAGAGUGAAAUCUUCAGUGGGGAUGUAGAGUGGAAGUCCCAAGACCUGGAGGAGGUGAUGAUGGAUGCCCUGGUCAGCAACAAACCAGAGUUCGUGCGCCUCUUCGUGGACAGUGGUGCCAACAUGGCCGACUUCCUGACCUAUGGGCGGCUGCAGCAGCUCUACCGCUCCGUGUCCCCCAAAAGUCUGCUCUUCAGCCUGCUGCAGCACAAGCACGAGGAGGGGCGGCUGACGCUGGCGGGCCUGAGUGCCCAGCAGGCCCGGGAGCCGCCCUCGGGGCUGCCCGCCUUCUCCUUGCAGGACGUGUCCCGGCUGCUCAAGGACUUCCUGCAGGACGCCUGCCGGGGCCUCUACCAGGACAUGCGGAGGCCGGCCGAGAGGGGGCCGGCCAAGCGUCCCACAGGCCACAAGUGGCCGCUGGACCUCACACAGAAGAGCGAGGACCCCUGGAGGGACCUGUUCCUGUGGGCGGUUCUGCAGAGCCGCCAUGAGAUGGCCACCUAUUUCUGGGCCAUGGGCCAGGAGGGCGUGGCCGCGGCUCUGGCUGCCUGCAAGAUCAUCAAGGCGAUGUCCCACCUGGAGACGGAGGCCGAGGCAGCCCGCGCCAUGCGUGAGGCCCAGUACGAGCAGCUGGCCCUGGACCUCUUCUCAGAGUGUUACAGCAACAGCGAGGAACGGGCCUUCGCCCUGCUGGUGCGCCGGAACCAUAGCUGGAGCCGCACCACCUGCCUGCACCUGGCCACCGAGGCCGACACCAAGGCCUUCUUUGCCCAUGACGGCGUACAGGCUUUCCUGACCAAGAUCUGGUGGGGACACAUGGCCACAGGGACACCCAUCCUGCGGCUGCUGGGCGCCUUCACCUGCCCCGCCCUCAUCUACACCAACCUCAUCGCCUUCAGCGAGGAUGUCCCACCCACGGAGGGCCUACAGGAGCUGGACAGCCUGGACGCGGAGAAGACCCUGCUGUACGGUGCAGGCGGCCAGGGCAGAGGGCGGGUGAUGGAGGAGGUGCCCCGCCCUCCUGGCGACCAGGGCCCGCAAGCUGCGUUCCUACUCACGCGCUGGCGGAAGUUCUGGGGCGCCCCGGUGACCGUGUUCCUGGGGAACGUGGUCAUGUACUUCACCUUCCUCUUCCUGUUCGCCUACGUCCUGCUGGUGGACUUCAGGCCGGCACUGCGGGGGCCGGCGGGGGCCGAGGUCAUCCUCUACUUCUGGGUCUUCACGCUGGUGCUGGAGGAGACCCGGCAGGGUUUCUUCACAGACGAGGACACACACUUGGUGAAGAAGUUCACUCUGUACAUGGAGGACAACUGGAACAAGUGUGACAUGGUGGCCAUCUUCCUGUUCAUCGUUGGCGUCACCUGCAGGAUGCUGCCCUCGGUGUUCGAGGCCGGCCGCACGGUCCUCGCCAUUGAUUUCAUGGUCUUCACGCUUCGGCUCAUCCACAUCUUCGCCAUUCACAAGCAGCUGGGUCCCAAGAUCAUCAUUGUUGAGCGCAUGAUGAAGGACGUCUUCUUCUUCCUCUUCUUCCUGAGCGUGUGGCUCGUGGCCUACGGCGUCACCACCCAGGCGCUGCUGCACCCCCAGGACGGCCGUCCCGAGUGGAUCUUCCGCCGUGUGCUCUACCGGCCCUACCUGCAGAUCUUCGGGCAGAUCCCGCUAGACGAAAUUGACGAGGCCCGGGUGAACUGCUCAGUCCACCCCCUGCUGCAGGAAGACUCGCCCUCCUGCCCCAACCUCUACGCAAACUGGCUGGUCAUCCUACUGCUCGUCACCUUCCUCCUGGUCACCAACGUGCUGCUCAUGAACCUGCUGAUCGCCAUGUUCAGCUACACAUUCCAGGUGGUGCAGGGCAACGCGGACAUGUUCUGGAAAUUCCAGCGCUACCAUCUCAUUGUGGAGUACCAUGGGCGCCCGGCCCUGGCCCCGCCCUUCAUCCUCCUCAGCCACUUGAGCCUGGUGCUCAAGCGAGUCUUCAGGAAGGCUGCCCAGCACAAGCGGGAACACCUAGAGAGAGACUUGCCUGACCCCCUGGACCAGAAGAUUGUUACCUGGGAGGCAGUUCAGAAGGAGAACUUCCUGAGCAAGGUGGAGACAAGGAGGAGGGACAGCGAGGGGGAGCUGCUCCGGAAGACGGCCCGCAGAGUGGACUUGGUUGCCAAGUACCUUGGAGGGCUGAGAGAGCAAGAAAAGCGCAUCCAAUCUCUGGAGUCACAGGCCAAUUACUGCACACUGCUCCUGUCUUCCAUGGCGGACAAGCUGGCCCAGGGCGGCGCCCACUGGAGCCCAGGUAGUGGGAGCCUGCAGACGUCUGCUAGCCAAGGACUGAGUCCUGGAGGCAGGGAGCACCCGGAGGUGGGCCAGACGCAGCAUGACUGA